AUGACUCCAGUGUCGAGCAUCACGGGCAGCUUUGGCGGCGCGAUCAACUUGACCGCCAGCAGUAUCGCUCCUACGUGGACGACCCCGACGCCGUCCAGUCGCUCGGCGUCGGUCACGCUGCAGCAACUUAGCGGGUUUAGUAUGCGCAACUUGUCGGUGCAUGGCACGAGCCGAGACGUGUUACUCCACGUGUACUUUCGAUUAGUGGUCGAUGGCCGUGUCGUCUACGAGAGUGAAGUCGCGCGCAACACGCUGAAUCCCGUGUGGGUACCAUUCAAGUCGGAAGCUGAUGAUAUUAUUGGUGACGGACUAGCAGGUGUCGAGACGUUGUUGAGUGGCGGCACGAGGUUUGAUAUUGUAGUCGUGCGCGUGCACGAUCGGAAGGCAGCGAAGCGGCCACGACGCAAGUCGCGCUUCGGAAGCGACCGUUUGUCGCUAGGAGACGACCGACCGAUCAAUAACUCGCGAUCGUUUGCUGACGCCAAGCAUAAUUUUGAUGAUGUCGACGACGCGACGGGCACGCACGACGGCAUGACGGAUUCCGACACGUCAACAUAUACAGGAAGCUCGAAUGGAAACAAUGCGAAAGUAUUUGAAGAAGACAUAUUGAGUCUCAACUUUGGCAUACGAGAGCUCGACCCGCUGCCAGUGGCCCUUGCCGACCUGACAAACUUGCCUUUGAACACUUGUUUGUUUGAGUUCUCGGGCCACACAUACGUGCAUCGGGAAGUGCUUGAGUUGCUGGUUGAAAAAGGUGUUAUUGCGCCCAAGCACCCAAGGAGGAAAGGGUCUGCUAUUCCGCUGAAGGACUACAGUUUACACAAAGGCGUCGAUGCACUCGAACACAUUUUGACGACAAAACAGAAGAUCACAGAGCUAACGGCGGCAAACGCCGCGCUGAAAGAACAGAUCCGGAACAAACUGCUACACUCACAACAGCGAAUUGCGCGCGAACAUCAGCGCACGGUAUUAGAGGAGCGUGUUCGCCUUGCACGAGCGCGAGUAGCAGUAAAACGACACACUUUGGAGCGGCUGAAGGCUGUGAUGGAAGAUGAGCGCAGGACGUUUGAGACGGAUAUCCAUAUUGCCAAGGCUCUCGUAAGCACCAUGCAAAUGACGAUGCGUUACAAGGAAGAGCGGCAGAACAUUCUCAAGCGUCGAUGUGAAGUGUUGCAUGCAGCACACAAGAUCCGUUCUCGACAGGCGAUGCUCGUCAAGCAGCUUGGCACCGUUUACCCCAUCGAUUAUGUAGGCGCUGGCGAGUACAGUAUCCGCGGCAUUCGUAUUGCGAACUCAGACCUCACAGGCGGCGGCAGAGCUGACGAGGAGAUGAUCUCUACUGCUUUGGGAUACAUUGCACACUUGGUGUUCAUGCUUAGCAAGUACCUGCGGGUGAACCUCCGGUAUCGCGUGGUACCGUAUUCGUCACGGUCUUUCCUCAAAGACGAGAUCAACGAUCCACAGGGCGAGUACCCAUUGUACAAGCGAGGCGUCGAGAAAGACCGUCAUGAGAAGGCGAUUCGUUUUCUUCGCAAAGACGUGGAGCAGCUCCUGUUUGCGCGAAGUUUAGAUCCCACACAAGAAGCACCCAUCUUAGCUCGACUAAAAGAGCUUACAGAUGCGGAGAGUGCAUGGCUUGCGAUUGAUCGAAACGUAAGCGGCAACGUCAGCAGUAGCAAUGGCACCGACGCCGGUGCCAUCGUGCCGAGGUAG